GUAUGGGUGUGUGUCCCUGAAUCAUCGCUGCGCGAAGACAAGCCCAGAGUGAUGGGACCCGAGUGAGGGGACAGCAGCGAGCUCCCAGUGGCUGGCUAUGACAGAUGCGAAGGAUGGCCUCGUGCCCGGACAUCUGCGGAGCGAGGCGCGCUGAGAGACCACAGCCGGCUGCUGUCGCCGGCGACCGCCCACACUACGGUGUCCGCUCGUACCUGCACCAGUUCUACGAGGAGUGCACCACCUCCAUCUGGGAAAGCGACGAAGAUUUUCAGACUCAGAGAUCGCCUAGCAGGUGGAGCUCUGUCCUCUGGAAGGUUUUUCUCGCUUUGGGAAUCUUGAUCUUAAUCACAGGCCUCACCAUGCUGACUGUGGGCUAUGUCACCACGCCUAGAAUCGAAGCCUUUGGGGAGGACGACCUUCUGUUCGUGGACAGCAGAGCCGCAAGCUUCAACCGGGCCCUCGAGGUCUGCAAAUUGGCCGGGGCCAUAGUGUUUUGCGUGGGGGGUAGUGUGAUGGCAGGGGGCUUUCUGCUGUCUGUGUUUGCAGAGGGGAACGACAAACAGGAGCGAGGCCUUUGGCGAAGGCUGGCGCAGAGGCCGCGUGAACCGGUGACCAGGGCACCUGCCCCCGGGGGGAGUAAAAUCCCCGCCACGCUGUCCAAAGUGCAGAACGUUCAGCCCAUGUCCGGAACCUGACGCUAAGCGGUAACCUCAUGAGAUGUGUGUAUCUACUUGAAAUCCAUCUUAAGCGAUUAAGUAAAUAUGACAUGCAGUCCAGAACAAAUAACUUUACAUGCAUUAAAAAAAAAUGAAGAUUACUGGGGGGAAAAUGUGUUAUUCCAUCUACAAUCCACACAUUUUUAAAGAAAAUCUUUAGCGCAAUAAAACUAUUCGUCGGUUUCAUCAUGUCAAAGCACUGAACUUUGGAUAGACUGGGUGUCGGACAAUGACCAAAAAAGGGAGUUUUUUAAGCAUACUAUUCAGUUACUGGAUUUCAAGGAACACCUGGGAAACAGCUUGUUUAUAAUGGUUUUAAUUUGGAUUUAAAAUUCUGGUGGAAAAACUACAAAACAUUUUAUCCAUUAUCCAUUGUCCCACUAGUUCACAAGCAAGUCAACUGAGGCAAAACUAAACAAACAGAAAGCUCAAUUCCAAGUGGAGGCAGUAUGUAAAAUGCAAAUAAAAAAAAUUGAAUGUAGUGAUUUGUUAAUCCUAUUUGACCCGUAUUACAUUGAAAACAGUAAAAAGACUAGAAA